GCAGACAGAACAUCGCCGUUAUAAACCAGCGUGAAACUGAAGUUGUCUAGCUUUAAACUUGCUUGACUCAUCAGUAUCUUGUCUUUAUCAUGGAUUGCAAGAAUCAGAAAGUAACCGGUAAUUCCUCGUCUUCUUCUUCAAAGCUUAUCUUGUACUCCUACUGGCAGAGUUCGUGUUCAUGGCGUGUUCGUUUCGCUUUGAACCUUAAAGGGCUUUCCUAUGAGUACAAAGCAGUGAACCUUUCAAAAGGAGAACAGUUUAAUCCAGAGUUUGAAAAAUUAAAUCCUCUUCAUUAUGUCCCAGUGUUAGUUGAUGAUAAUGUUGUAGUCUCGGAUUCCUAUGCCAUCUUGCUGUAUUUGGAGGAAAAUUAUCCUCAAAGACCGCUGUUACCAGCUGAUCCUCAGCUAAGAGCUUUGAACCUCCAGGCUGCCAGCAUUGUUAACUCUAGCAUACAGCCUCUUCAUAAGCUAUCAUUGCUGAAAUAUAUUGAGGAGAAAUUUGGUCCAGAAGAGCGAAUUUUAUGGGCUCAGUCUAACAUAGAAAAAGGUUUCCUUGCUCUUGAGAAGUUGUUGAAAGAUUAUGUUAGCAGAUAUGCCACUGGAGAAGACGUAUACAUGGCUGAUGUGUUCCUGGCACCACAAAUUGCAGUGGUUAAUAGGUUUAACAUUGACAUGUCCAAAUUCCCUACUUUAAGUAGAAUAUAUGAAUCAUACAAGGCUUUACCAGACUUCCUAGCCUCAUCACCAGAAAGACAACCAGAUGCAGUGUGUUAAGUAUGUUUUUUCUUCCUCUGUAUUACUUUAUAUGUACCAAUUGAUCUUGUAAUGUGUAUCACUUUUCCUGUGUUGUUUUUAUGAUUGUAUUCUAUAUGCCUAUUCAUAAUGAUGAGAUUAUUCUCUCU